AUGCCUACUGCCACAAAACCACCUCAAAAGAAUGCUCUCGACAUCCGCCUCGCAGAGUCCGUGGUUCUUCUUCGCGCUGGAGAUGCCACUGGUCGUCUGCGCAACAUGCAAGCCGACCCGUCCCCCGGCAUGCUUCGCGGUCUUUUAACCCUCACCCUCGCAAAGCCGACGCGCAUCUCCAGCAUCGAGAUUGAGCUAGUGGGAAGAACGAGUACGGCCUGGCCAGAAGGCGUCGGAGCCCGUCGCAUCGAAGUCACAGAGGACCACGAGAUAUAUUCCCAGUCCUAUGUCCUUUUCCGCGCCGGAUCCGACACCCCAUACAAGCAUUCCCGUCGCACGCAUUCCGUCGGCCCUGGACUUGCUCUCGACCAUGAAGACGACGACCAUGACAAUGACCGUGACCAUUCGGAUCACUCUAGCGACGACCAACACAUAGAACGUCACAGGGCAGAUGCGACAGCUGAGACGCGGGGGAGAGACUACGGCGCGAUAUCAGCGGGCACGUAUAGGAGACUCGAGCGGCGACACCAGAGCGUGGACCACACCACCUUCAAUCGUGAGUUCGUCGCGCACCGCGUCCGUGCCGGUUUCCCUUCUUCGCAUUCCCCGCCAUAUUCCCCACCCUACUCCGCCGAGAGUACUCCCCAGUACCCGUUAAGUCCAAGCGCGUCCGUCUCGCAUCGCAUGCGCACGGUUGAAGAGUCGCCCUCGUAUGAGUCGUCGUCGUCGUCUUCGUUCCCGGAGGAACUCGGCCAACGAAUAUCGGAGCCGGACACCGAACACAACAGCGUGGCAUCCCCUCACCGCAUGCAGCACCUUGCGCGGCUAAGUUUGCCAUCAUCGUCUAGUCUCCGGCUUGAUAGCCCAUCCGCGUUGACAUCCGCACGCGCCAGUAUCGACGAGGACCGCCCUUUCGAAUUCCAGCAUGGCCGCAGCGCGAGCCCAUUAUCGUCUCCGUCUCCUCGGUCUGCGUCCCGCUCGGUCGCACGGGAACCAUCACGCUCUUCUGACGUGCGGGACGGAGACGAUGCUCGCGGGCGAAAACACAAACGGUUCAGCCUCGCAAACGUGUCGAAUGCGCUGCUCGAUGUCGUCAUGGACCGUAUGCGCUCGCGUUCGCGUUCAGCAAUGAUAGGCCUGGAUGUACAUGAAGGAGAUGUCACCCCGCCGCGCGGGCGGACACGGGAGCGUAGCUUGGAUCUUGUCGAUGGGCAGCAGCAGCGAGAGGAGGCGCAUCGGGAGCGGUCGGCACUGGAGCGGGUUGGGGCGGUGAUUGGGCUAGAAAUGGAUGACGAAAAGGAACAUGGAGAUGGGUGGAAGGAGUUCCGCAAAGGCGUGUACACAUACCCAAUAUCGUUUGCAAUUCCUGCUACUGCACCCCCGUCACUAAAGUGCGACUAUGGCUCGGUAACAUGGAAGCUCAAGGCGCAUGCGCACCGUCCGGGAGCGUUCACCACGAAGCUCUCGGCCUCGCAGGAGAUCACAGUGGUAGCUUGUCCAUCGGAAGACGAUCUGGAGGAAACCGAGAGCAUUAUUGUCGAGCGACAGUGGGACACGCAAAUGCAGUACUUGAUCAGUGUUGCAGGACGCAGUUUUCCUCUUGGUAGCGUUAUGCCCAUCAGCAUUACAUUUAUGCCCUGGACCAAAAUGAAGGUUCACCGCCUGUCGGUGUUGCUCGAAGAGCGUACCGACUACUGGACGGACUUUCGCCGCAUUGUCCGGACAGACCCCGUCCUCCGUGUUCCGCUUCUUGCCCUUAAACAAUCGCAAAAGGAGAGAGAUGGACCCCCGCUCCUCCCUCUCGACCCGGACGAUCCACAGGCGUUCGCGCGCUCGCCUCUGGCGACACUCGUUCCAGACGGGGAAGACGCGGGCGAAUAUGCUUCGAGUAUGAUGGGCCCUGGUCCAUGGCGCAUCCGGACGGACGUGCAUCUGCCAGCUCCGUGCACCGCGCAACCAAACCCGAACUUGCACCUCCACUUUACGAAUCGCAACCGGCGGAGCAACAUCUUCAUCACACAUAUGCUCAAGAUCGUCUUUCGCGUCGAGCGCGGCGAUGACCAGGCGGUGGACCCGCACUCGGGCAAGCGCAAGCUGUUUGACAUCGUUGUCCAGACGCCGAUACAUAUCCUCUCCCACCUGUGUAAUCACGAGUACCUCUCCCUCCCGCCAUAUUCACGCACCCUCGAAUUGCAACCGUCGUACGAGCACGCGCGAGCUCCGGGGCGAAGUCAGUCGGCCCUCUUACCUGGCGCACGACGGCCUGUAGAGCGUACGGCGUCGGGGUCACACAUCCCGCUGUCUGAACAUCACCCGCAUCCGAACCCGCACCAAUCGCACAUCCUUACACCGCCUCUUUCGCGGCAGAAUUCCAUCUUCGAGCGCGGGACGCAGUUUGAGCGGCUUGUCGCCGGGCAGGAGAGCGAGAUCGGCGAAGCACCCCCGUCAUAUGAGGAGAUCGUGCACGCGUAG